GGAUGUGUGCCGCAGACCGGCAGAUGAGCUCCGCUCAGCGUGCCCUCACUCUGAACUGAACGGCCCCGGCUCGCUGCUGCUCCUCAGCGGAACAGACGAAGCUCCACCGGCUCCUGUCAGUCUUUUCACCCCGGAUAUAAGCGGCUCGGUUCCCGUGUACAGCGCGGCUCUUAGGUCCCUGAGGAAUGCCCAGAGAGCUGACCCAGAACAGGAUCCAAAAGAUCUGGGUUCCCACCAAGGAUGACAAGCCGGCACCACGGAGAGCAGCUGGCGCUCCCCACUUCGCCAACCCCACCGUCAUCGUGAUGGUGGGCCUGCCUGCUCGAGGCAAAACGUACAUUUCAAAGAAACUCACCCGCUACCUCAACUGGAUCGGCAUGCCUACCAAAGUCUUUAACGUGGGAGAGUAUCGCAGGGAGGCUGUCAAGAACUACAGCUCCUAUGACUUCUUCAAGCCUGAUAAUGAGUGUGCCGUGAAAAUCAGGCAGCAGUGUGCCUUAGCAGCCUUGAGGGAUGUCAAGUCCUAUCUGAAGGACGAGGGAGGCCAUGUAGCGGUCUUCGAUGCCACAAACACAACAAGAGAAAGGCGAGACAUAAUCCUCAAGUUCGGAGAUGAGAAUGGCUUCAAGAUCUUUUUCAUCGAGUCCGUGUGCAAUGAUCCCAGCGUCAUCGCGUCCAACAUCAUGGAAGUGAAGGUGUCGUGUCCAGACUACCGGGAUUGCAACAAGACAGACGCCAUGCUGGAUUUCCAGCGGCGAAUUGAGUGCUACAAAACCAGCUACCAACCUCUGGACUCCGAUCAGCACGACAGGGAUCUCUCCUUCAUCAAGGUGAUUGAUGUCGGCCGGCAGUUCCUCGUCAACCGGAUCCAAGAUCACAUCCAGAGCAAGAUCGUCUACUACCUGAUGAACAUCCACAUCCAGCCCCGCACCAUCUACCUGUGUCGGCAUGGAGAGAGCACUGAUAACUUGGAGGGACGGCUCGGUGGUGACUCUGGUCUCUCGUCGCGGGGCAGACAGUUUUCAGGCGCCCUGGCCCGGUUUGUUGAGGAGCAGAAACUGGAGAAUUUGAAGGUGUGGACCAGCCAGCUGUGUCGCAGCAUCCAGACUGUCGAGCACCUGGGAGUCCAGUACGAACAGUGGAAGGCUCUUAAUGAGAUCGAUGCCGGAGUGUGUGAGGAGAUGACGUACGAUGAGGUGAAGGAGAGAUAUCCAGAGGAGUUUGCUUUGAGAGAUGAAGAUAAAUACUACUACCGCUAUCCUUCUGGAGAGUCGUACCAGGAUCUGGUCCAGCGAGUGGAGCCAGUCAUCAUGGAGCUAGAGAGGCAGGAGAACGUCCUGGUUAUCUGCCACCAGGCCGUCAUGCGCUGCCUGCUGGCCUACUUCCUGGAUAAGAGUGCAGAGGAGAUGCCCUAUCUGAGAUGUCCCCUGCACACGGUGCUGAAGCUCACCCCGGUCGCCUACGGGUGUAAAGUGGAGUCCAUCUCUUUGACUGUGGAGGCAGUGAACACCCACAGAGACAGACCUGAGGAGGUGAAGAGGGGCCCCGGCACCUUGAUCAGGAGGAACAGCGUGACUCCCCUGACCAGCCCCGAGUCAAACAUUAAGAAACCUCGUAUCGAUGACCUCGACGAGGCUCCGAUCCAGGAGGUGCCUCCUUCUGUUGCCUCGCUGGCUCUCUGCAGCCCCUCACACCUCCCUCUCUCCUUGGCUGGACAGCACUGGCUGGGUAAAGUCUGCCUAACCUGAGGAGGAGCUCACCCGGCCGCCAUGACAUCCUACAGCCCUGCCAAUGAAAUUGCACCGAUGUGUCACGAGGCUCAAGAGGUCGGAAAGCGGAUCAGUGGCGAGGAAGACGAUAACAGUGAUAUAAAUAAGGAAAAGUGAAAUUUGAUUUUCUAAAAAGCAACAUUUCUCGAACAUCAAGGAUCAACUGGAUGAAUGUGUCAUUUUGUCUGUAAAGGACAAAACAUUUUAUCGUUCAUAAAGGACCAUGGUUACUUAAUUGUUUUUUGCCGUCUAGUGCCUGCAGUGCUUGUUCUGCAAGCCUGACGCCACUUCUCUCGCUAUUUCCGUGGACUUGAUGGCUUGAGGAGCGGCGCCACAUUUCACCUAAUAACUCCACAUAUCAUCUCAAUAUCUUAUUUUUCACAGUUUGAAUAUUUAUUUUUCAUUAUGAUGUAGUUUAAACAGUACGUGUCGAUCAUUAAUUCGAGUUCUCUACGCUGAUUGGGGGAACCUUUAUUUGGCUUGACUUCAUGUUGCCGUCAUUGUCUGCAACGCACAAAUGUAAGCACUUCUAUUUUUGUUAUAACAAUGCGUGCUGUUAAUAAUAUACUUGUAAAUGUUAGUGUACAUACAGUGUAGGAGAGACGUGUGGGGGGAUGACUUGGAUGUGUGUGUGUGUAAUCGUGUGUUUGUAUGUGUUGGGACUGAAUGGAAAGCAGAAGGUGUGGAGAAACAAGCUGCUGCUCACCUCUCUCAGUAAAACUCUAAACCUGUUUGCUUGAGAUACUUGAAAUUUGUUUUUUGUAAAAACUGUUUUAUUAUACUCUUAAUUUAUUUUUAUUUAGUUUUUAAUGACUGACUGACUGAAGGACUACUACGCAUGAGAGGAUGUAGUACAGUUGAUUUUGCUGGACAUGCAGGAUCAAUAAAUUCACUCUGGAAAAUA